GAUAUGACAAUCUGACAGCUGUGUUUUCGUUUUGUCUGAAGCGAAACGUAACGCAAAAUUGUAUGAUGUUUAUUUUACAUCUCCAAUAAAUUAGAAAUAAGCAAACAUGACGAGACCAUUCGGUAACAGUGAAAAGCGUUUUUCAAUCGACGACGCGUUCGAAGAAGAGACUGAUGAAGCCAUUAAAGUGUACGGUUCGACGGUUGAUAGAUCUCCCAUACAAAACAAAUUUAAGAAUGGAGGCGAUUCAGGCAUAUCCAGCAGGACCUACAAAUGUGCGGACGACACCACAUCCCGUGACUCAGACUCACUCAUACACGAAUAUGUGGAAGCUUCUCAAUCCGUCUAUUGCUGGAACCACCCCAAAGUCAGAGAGAACUGGAAAACAGUGUUCGCUGCUGUCAUACUCCUUGUAGUGGGAGUAGGCCUUCUCGGCAUGGGUGCAUUUGCCGUAGCAGAACCCGAAAAUGGUCUCCAAGGUGCGGUAUUCUUCGUAGCCGGAAUGAUUUGCUUUGUACCUGGUGCGUAUCACGUAGUCUACAUAUGGCUAGCAGCUCGAGGACAAAGGGGCUACGAUUUCUACCACUUACCAUUAUUUACUUGAAUAAAAUUUAUGAAGAUGUAAAAUCUUAAAUUUCGAAUGAGAAGAAUGACUGAUGUAUGUGAUUUGCUCUCUACUCUUUGCCUAUAGCAUGACUAGCAUGUUUCUUUUAAUGGAAUAUACAGGUUUUCUAUUGCAAAAAUAUGAAAAAAAAUGAAUUAAGAUGUAUAUUGCAUUUAUUGAAAAUACGACACCUAAAGAGCAUGAUUAAUUGAAUAAAAAAUUCUAUAUUUGUGUAAAAAAGGGAAUAUUUAUACACUUUACACUUACUAAAAGUGCCUAGUUAGUGUUAUAAUUUAUUGUAAAUAGCUGAACUGCUUUUUAUCUAAAUGUGUUGUGAUUUUUUGUACCCUUUCUUUCAUAUUUAAUAUAAGAGACAUCUCAAAAAUAUUGCAAAUGCAUUAUUGUAGUCCUAAAUUAAUUGAUCUCCAAUAUUUAGUACAUUAUCUAUGUUUCAAUGGUAUUUGAUGGCCGUGAAUGAAUCUCAGACCAUCAGCAGUUUGUAUUCUGAAACUAAAAUGUGAUUUGAAAUAAAACUGCAUUAAUUGUUUAUACUGCUGAUAAGGAAGGCAAUUUUUUUUAUGUAUCUAUUAUGUAUGAUUAAUCAAUUUGGCCAUAUCCUUUAUCAUUUGUGUGAUUUUGAUUAUAUUUUAAAAGAUUUUAUAUUAUGUAGUUUGAAGUAACUUGAAAGUUGUAUUCACAAGAAAAAUCGCUUUGAUCCCUUUUGCUACGCUAGUCGUAAUUUUGUGUUCCUUUAUAUAUUUACUUGUAUUUUUUUUCUAAUAUAAUAACAGAUGAAAUGAUAAAGAAUGCAUAAUGCAAAAAGUUGUAUUUUUUCACAUGUAGUUUAUGAUGAAAUUUUCGAUUAUAUAAGGACUUUAUAAAUACAUGUAAACUUAAUGUAACAUUAUUGACGUCAGCAUUGUAUAUAAAAGAAGCCUUGUAGUGUAGCUAAUAUUGUUAGUCGCAGUUUGUAAUGUAAUUGUAUUAUUUUAAUGUUAAAAUAAACAAAAUUUUGUUUUUAUACUUACAGAAAUCAGAUUUAAUGUAAUGAAUUUAUUGGAAUAUGUUUUGUUGAAUAUUAAUUAAAUAUUUUGAACUUAUUUAUGACAUUAUAUCAGACUUAUUGGAAAUUGUAUAUGAAUGGCAGCAAUAAUAAUUAAUUUAUUAUAAUGUUGAAAAUAUGGCAUUAUUAUUUAUUAUAGUAUUAAACAGUAUAAUUAUAAAAAUAUUGUUUUUCAUUACAUAUUGUGAAUAAUUUCUUUAAAGGGAAUGUAGGUAGAUAGAUUAAGACUUGUUUGUAGCUAUUAUUAGUUUUUCUAAACAAUUAUGAAUCAUCUGACAUAUUAAUAAUACGAGAUUUGACCGAUAAUUGCAGGAAGUGUUAAUUUUUUGUACUGUAUCUCAAAAAUUAAUUACCGAGAUUCUUCUUACUUUCCUUUGUUACUUAAGUAUAGAAGAAACUAUUAUGAAGUUUUUUACUACAAAUAAUUUAGAUCAAAUUAAAACUGCAAUUUUUCAUACAGAAAAAUAUGUGACUAAGUGGAUAUAUACAAUAUAUAAAUGGUUUCUCCCUUUUUAUACUUCAAUCUACAUCAAUUUUUUCAAACAUCUAUAUUUAUACCUAAUCAUCAUUAAAAUAUGUUUUAAGCAAUAAUAACAAUAUCAAUGUAGUAUCCCAGUUACCUGUGUGAAUAUAUUGUGAUAUUGACUAAUGAAAUUUUUAAUUAUUGUAACAUAUCCUAAAUUGAGUAUAAACCACAUCUUCAAAUGUAUAGUUGAUUUUAUGCUCGGUUUUUCAUGUAAUUCUUUGUAUUGAGCUAGGUUAAAUUGUAAAUAUAUAUAAAUAUGUUCAAA